AUGUCUCUCUCUCCUCUCUCUCUCUCUCUCUGUAUCUCUCUUUCUGUCUCUCUGUCUCUGCUGUUUUAGUUUACCCUGUCUAUAUAUACGUGCAGAUCCCUUUGGCAAACCUACAUUUCACUUGCACUUUCUGAUCUGACACAGCCCUAACUCAUUAACACCCCCUCCCCUCCUCUCUCUCUCGAUCUCUCUCUCUUUGUAGUCUGUAUAAAGCGCCGGUCCUUUAACUUCGGCAGUAUCUCCGGCGCCGUCCCAAAAUGAGCACCAACACUUCCUUUCCGCCGCACGGCGACCUAGAACAUGCAGCUUCGUACAUCCGGCUGCCGGAAGAACAUGAUUCCGGCGAAUCUCCGGCGGAUCACAGCCGACUCUUCAAGGGUGUGACCGGAAUCCUCCUGUCCAUGAUCCUUGUAGCGUCUUUGGUUGCCGUGAUUCUCACCACCGGGCCGCCGGCUCCUGCUGGAGUACUUAAUUUUGAUCUCUCGGAAUCCGUUCCAUCCGCCUCGGUCCUGCCGGAGAUCCGAGUGCCGCCGUCGAGAGGGGUGGCCCAGGGCGUGUCGGAGAAGGGCUCCGGCACCAUCCCCGACUACCCCUGGACGAAUGCUAUGCUGUCCUGGCAACGAACGGCUUUCCAUUUUCAACCCCAGAAGAACUGGAUGAAUGAUCCCAAUGGUAUGUUCUUUCCGAUAUUCUCUACUGUUCCUUUGAUCUUCAGUUUCCGAUAUUCGGUGCUUCCAUGUGGUCCAUUGUACCACAUGGGGUGGUACCACCUCUUCUACCAGUACAACCCGGACUCAGCUGUUUGGGGCAACAUCACGUGGGGCCACGCCGUGUCAAGGGACUUGAUCCAUUGGCUCUACCUCCCAAUUGCCAUGGUUCCCGAUCGCUGGUUCGACUGGAACGGCGUCUGGACGGGCUCCGCCACCCUCCUCUCCGACGGUCAGAUCGUCAUGCUCUACACCGGCUACACCGAUAACUACGUGCAGGUCCAGAACCUGGCCAACCCAGCCAACCUAUCCGAUCCCCUCCUCUUAGACUGGGUCAAGUACAACAAAAACCCGGUCCUUUUCCCGCCGGCGGGAAUCGCCUUCAAGGAUUUCCGUGACCCGACCACCGCCUGGUUGGUCAACGACGGGAAAUGGCGGAUCGCAAUCGGGUCGAAGACGGCCAACACGGGUAUCACCCUUGUCUACCAGACCACGAACUUCACCAGCUUCGAGCUCUUGGACGGGGUUAUGCAUGCGGUUCCCGGUACGGGCAUGUGGGAGUGCGUGGACUUUUACCCGAUUUCCACGACCGGUAUGAACGGGUUGGACACUUCGUUCGACGGGCCGGGUAUUAAGCACGUGCUGAAGGCGAGUUUGGACGACGAGAAGAAGGAUUUCUACGCGAUUGGAACGUACGAUCCGAAGACUGACACGUGGACCCCCGAUAACCCGGAAUUGGAUGUGGGUGUCGGGUUGCGAGUGGACUACGGCAAGUACUAUGCUUCGAAGUCGUUCUACGAUCAACACAAGAAGAGAAGGGUCUUGUGGGGUUGGAUUGGAGAGACUGACAGUGAAUUUGAUGAUAUCUUGAAGGGCUGGGCAUCAGUUCAGACAAUUCCAAGGUCAGUAGUGUUUGACAAGAGGACUGGAAGCAAUAUUCUGCAAUGGCCGGUGGAGGAAGUGGAGAGCUUGAGAUUGAGCAGCACCGAGUUCCGUGGAGUGAAGCUUGCCCCUGGAUCUGUGGUUCCACUCAACGUUACUUCGGCUAACCAGCUGGACAUAAUUGCGACCUUCGAAGUGGACCAGGCGGCUUUGGAGGCGAAUCUGGAAGCGGACGUCGGCUACAACUGCAGCACCAGCGGAGCCAUCUCGAGAGGCGCCUUGGGGCCGUUUGGCCUUCUGGUCAUCGCCGAUGCUUCUCUCUCCGAGUUCACGCCAGUCUAUUUCUACAUCGCCAAGGACAUCGAUGGCGGUUACGCGACCUUCCUCUGCUCCGAUGAAAUGAGGUCGUCUAGGGCUUCUGAUGUCAACAAGAAGGUUUAUGGCGGCAUGGUCCCUGUGCUUGAUGGCGAAAAGUUAUCGAUGAGAAUACUGGUCGAUCAUUCAAUUGUGGAGAGCUUUGCGCAAGGAGGAAGAACAGUGGUCACGUCAAGAGUGUACCCAACAAGGGCGAUCUACGGGGCGGCAAGAGCGUUCCUCUUCAACAACGCGACUGGCGUGAGCGUCACAGCUUCAGUGAAGCUCUGGAAGAUGGAUUCUGCAAACAUUCAUGAUUUCCCGUUAGUUCAAGAUGUAGUUGCCUCCAUUUGAUGAUCUAAACCCAUGUAAUGAUCCUGUUAGAUCGAGUUUCCCUAGUUCAUUCUUUUUCCGUUAGGUUGCCUGGAAAAUGAUCACUCUGGAAAGAAAUUGGUUAUUGCAAGGCAAAGAUGGAUACACGGAGCAACCCAACAGUACUGUAUCUCCAUUUUCUGGUGGGCUGCCCCGCUCCAUUGUCAGAUAUGUUCAGUCCUUUUAUAUUAUUUCAUUAUAAAUAUGAAAAUUAUACUUACAACA